CUACAAAUUAAAUGGUAGCAAGUAAAGAAUUGGUUUUUCUCUUUCUCUGCCACUUCAAGUACAGAUCUCCAGAACAAGGUCGAUCGAUCCAUAUCUGUGAAAUGCUUUUUUCUUAAUCUGUUCCGCCUCUUUUCUCGGGCGGCUGUUUUGGAUCUGGGUCUUUUGUUAAUAAACAAAAGAGAACCUUUUUGUUCCAGAUCUGCCUGAAAAUAGAAAUAAGCUAGCCGGGUAGAACAAUGGCGGGGGAGAAGCAAGCAGAAGAGCCCAUAAUAGCCGCCGAAGCGGUGCCGGAGGAAGGCGGCGACGCGGCUGGCGAAGAAGUUUUCAGUGUCAAGAACUUCCUCUGGAACGGUGGCUCUGCCUGGGAUGCUUGGUUCAGCUGUGCUUCCAACCAAGUGGCACAGGUCCUACUGACACUGCCCUACUCUUUCUCCCAGCUGGGAAUGGCGUCCGGCAUAGCCUUCCAGGUAUUCUACGGUCUGGUCGGGAGCUGGACCGCGUACCUCAUAAGCGUCCUGUACGUCGAGUACAGAACCCGAAAGGAGAAGGAGGGCGUCAGCUUCAACAACCACGUCAUUCAGUGGUUCGAGGUGUUGGACGGGUUGCUGGGAGGGUACUGGAAGGGGGUGGGGCUAGUGUUCAACUGCACGUUUCUGUUGUUCGGGUCGGUGAUUCAGCUCAUAGCCUGCGCCAGCAACAUUUACUACAUAAACGACCGGCUGGACAAGAGGACGUGGACUUACAUUUUUGGGGCUUGCUGUGCCACCACUGUUUUCAUUCCUUCUUUCCACAAUUUCCGGAUUUGGUCCUUUUUAGGCCUCGGCAUGACCACUUACACCGCUUGGUACCUCGCCGUUGCCGCUAUUCUCCACGGACAAGUGGAAGGUGUCACGCACUCUGCUCCAACAAAGCUUGUAUGGUAUUUUACGGGAGCCACCAACAUCCUCUACACCUUCGGGGGUCAUGCAGUCACCGUAGAAAUUAUGCAUGCGAUGUGGAAGCCGCGGAAGUUCAAAUACAUAUACUUGUAUGCCACCCUCUAUGUGUUCACCCUCACCAUUCCCUCGGCCACCGCCGUCUAUUGGGCAUUCGGCGACCAGCUUCUCGACCACUCCAACGCCUUUGCCCUCCUCCCCAAAUCCGGCUGGCGCGACACUGCCGUCAUCCUAAUGCUCAUCCACCAGUUCAUAACAUUUGGAUUCGCAUCAAUGCCUUUGUACUUUGUGUGGGAGAAGAUGAUAGGGAUGCACGGGACGAGAAGCAUAUUUCUAAGGGCAGUGGCGAGGUUACCAGUGGUGAUACCCAUAUGGUUCUUGGCCAUUAUUUUCCCCUUCUUUGGCCCUAUAAACUCCGCAGUUGGCGCGCUUCUUGUUACCUUCACCGUCUACAUCAUCCCCUCCCUCGCUCAUAUCCUCACCUUUCGUACCCAUUCGGCUCGUCAGAAUGCGGCGGAAAAGCCUCCGUUCUUUCUGCCAAGCUGGACGGGCAUGUACGUAGUGAACAUCUUCAUAGUGGGCUGGAUCAUGGUCGUGGGCUUCGGUUUCGGAGGUUGGGCCAGCAUCACCAAUUUCAUCAAGCAAGUAGACACAUUUGGUCUUUUCGCCAAGUGCUACCAAUGCAAGCCGUCUAAACCGCCGGUGGUGGCUCUUCCGCCACCGCUCCCCCACCCUAACGCCACCACCCGCCACCACUGAUCACUACCUUGAUCACUUACCGCACAUAAAUGCACAUUACCUCUGUCUAGAAGAAUUUUUUAUUAUAUAUAUGCUACUUUUAAGAUGUGUUAAAGCAAUAUUUUUGGCAUGUUCUCAUAGAAUAGUAUAUGAGUGUUGUUUAUAAUAGAAUAUUUUUGGAGUAAAUUUUAUGAAUGGUC